AUGGGCGAGCGGGAGAGAAUAAAGGCCAUCAGAGUCGGGUUCUACGAUAUAGAAAGGACUAUCGGUAAAGGGAAUUUCGCUGUUGUCAAGCUCGGCAGGCACAGGAUCACCAAAACAGAAGUCGCCAUUAAAAUAAUUGAUAAAUCUCAACUUGACGGCAACAACUUACAAAAAGUAUACAGGGAGGUCGAUAUCAUGAAACGGCUGGAUCACCCGCACAUUAUAAAAUUAUAUCAGGUCAUGGAAACAAAAAACAUGAUAUAUCUUGUUUCGGAGUAUGCUAGUCAAGGAGAAAUAUUUGAUUAUAUUGCAAGAUACGGUAGAAUGACUGAGGAGCAUGCCAGAUUGAAAUUUUGGCAAAUUCUUUCUGCUGUGGAAUAUUGUCAUAACCGCAACAUUGUACAUCGAGAUUUAAAGGCUGAAAAUUUACUAUUAGACACAAACAACAACAUAAAAAUCGCCGAUUUUGGUUUUUCGAAUUAUUACACCCCUGGAGGGCAACUUUCCACAUGGUGCGGGUCUCCGCCUUAUGCCGCCCCUGAAGUGUUCGAAGGAAAAAAGUACAUUGGGCCAGAAAUUGACAUUUGGAGUUUGGGAGUUGUCCUUUACGUCCUAGUAUGUGGCGCUCUACCCUUUGACGGUUGUUCCUUACAAGCCUUAAGAGACAGAGUCCUUUCAGGACGAUUUAGGAUUCCUUAUUUCAUGAGUUCAGAUUGCGAAUCUUUGAUACGUAAAAUGUUGGUCCUGGAACCGAUGAAGAGAUACACCAUCUCGCAAAUAAAAAAGCAAAGAUGGAUGCAGAUGGGUCCUCCACCUAAAAUACCCUGCUCAUUCUCCAUACCCAUAAACCAGCCUAUAGAGCAGAUUUUAAGGUUAAUGCAGAGUUUGGGCAUCGAUAGCACCAAAACAAGAGACUCGAUACGUAUGGCAUCCUAUGACCACCACGCUGCGAUAUACUAUCUUUUGUUGGACAAACUGAGAGCCCAACUGGAAGACAAAGACUUGGCGGCAGGCAAAGAAGUACAACGGCGAAGACCAUCGAGCAUAGCUGACCAAGCGUUAAGAAAACUGGGCAGGGCCGGUACCAUGGAGGAUUGCCAGAGUUUAUCGCACUACAGCUUGGCAACACCGCAUUCGAGCAACAGCAGAAUCAACAACGCCUCAACUUUGAACGUCGCAACCAGUGCGUCCAGCGUUUUAUCCAGCCCGAUAAUGUCUAGACACGGCAGCGAAACGCGCAAAAGCGAAUCGCCUCCAGCUCAUGGCAUAGACGCUGCUAAAUUGCUAGCGGCGAGGAACUCUGAGGAAGCGUUGAAGAUUUUAAACCAAGCCAGCACCACGAGUUUCAGCAUGUGUUCAGAAGCAACCAAAUUGAUGUCCACGCUGCAAAUGUCCGCCAUACCAUCCACAUCCACUGAUAUAGCUUUGUUCAAGGAGAUCAAUCAGCACGGUUUCGGGCCUUCACAUUCGCACCCUUUCGAGUUUGCUGACAAUACGUCUUCAGUGAGAAAAAGUAACUUUCAAAUUGGUGACAUGCCAAAUCAGUAUUCCAGCUCAACCGACGAAGGAGUAGAAACCGAUCUGGAAGAACAUCAGCACCGGCUCAGCUACGCUUCCUCGUCGUCUUCGAGCGGCGUCGUAACCAACUUCACCACAUCGAAAAACCUGAGCCAGAACUUGAGCUGCGACAGCAACUUCGAAAGCUUGGAGUCCAACGAGCUGUGCAGCAGCUUGCCCAGCUGCACCUCCAACGAUCAGAUGCAGGAGCCGACCUUGACGAGUUCCACGCCGCUGCCGAAUCUGCACACCACCUACUCGCCCGGAGGCACGAGGUCCCUGAUGCACAAGAACAGUCCCCUGGUGCACAUGUCGAGCUACAAGAGCACCAGAGGGAUGACCAGGUCUCCAGUGGACUUUAGAGAAGGGAGAAGAGCUAGCGAUGGUUUAGUCAACCAACAACCGGAAAGUAGUACCAACUUCGUAGCCUUUAACAGCCAGAAGUUUAACGAGCAACACAACAAAGCCAAGGGCGUACUGGAGUUGCAUUUGGUGCAAAGAGAAGCUCAACGAUUACAAUCUCAAUUUCAAGCGAGAGAACAUCCGGAAGAAAUCUCCCACAGGCAAAAGCAACACAACCAGUACCUCUCUCCGCGAGGCCACAAACGCAUCAGUCUCCCUGAUAACUUCAGCUACACUUCGGCUAUAGACACUCAGCUGCAUACAGCGAUGCAGCACAGAAUUUUACAGCAAAAGAGGCAGAUACUGCAGAAGCAAACCGCCGCAACCAACAGCUGCGACACCCCGCUAUCCAGGCGCCAAAUGCUGCGGCAAGCCAGCUACAAGAUAGCCCAGCAGCAGCCGGUGUUGCCACCUCUACCCCUCACGGAAGACCAAAGUCAAGAACUGAUGGCCUUUCAAGCUUACGUGGAAAACGCCGGGGAAAACGCCUGGAGCGCCCUCCCCGGCUCCAUGCAGAACUCCUGCCAGAUUUCCGAGAGCUCUACCUUGCCGGCCCAAAGUUGGACCUCCACUUCAGGUUGGACCCAGGUAUUUCCCACCUAAGUGCACUUUGUAGAUUUUUUUUCCUUUCCAGCUUAGUUUUAUAAGCUUGUUGUUGCUGUUUUUGUAUGUAUAUAAUCUUCAAGUAUUAAAAGUGCUAGUCUUUCUCUUAGUACAAAGUUAGUUGUCGCAGUCCAGUUUGAAGUGCGGCCGUA